CUGUAACGAGUUGAAUAUUAAUUCAAAUUUCGUGAAAAAUUGUAAUUAAAAACAGCGGGAGGCUGAAUAUAAAUAGAGCUGUUUUUAUUUUGAAAUACGCUAUAAUUAUUUCGGUGGUAUAGACAUGGCAGUUCAAAAUUAACUAAAAAGGGGCAAUACGGUCAAUUAGAAGAUAAAAAACCUUAUUCUAAAUUCAAGUACUUUUGUGUGGCAAGCUAUUGAUGCAGUGUCACAAGACCAGUCGGAUAUCUUUUCUCCAAACUGCAACAAACUAAGGACGUCUCCUAUACUAAUUUAAAUUGAGGAAAUGUAUACCAUAAAAUCGAGUAGCAUUAGUAUGAAAUGCAUCACAGUUAUGCUAAAGAAAUUUGAUACAUGUUAAUGCAAUAGAAAAGUGUGCUAUUGUUUGUAAAGCAGCAAAUCGCAUUAUUUUUAAAUGAAGUUUGAAGAGUUGAUUGUAAUAGAACUGAAUCUUGGUUCGAGAUGUCUCUGAUAUUGAGGAAGUUAUGCCAUUAUACUUGGAACUGGACUUCUUUAGGAGACUCCAGAAUACAUGAACUAUGGAUAUUGGGCAAACCAGUGCAGAUAGUAGCUAUCACUACUACGUACCUAUACUUUGUACUUAAGCUUGGCCCCCAGUUGAUGAAAAACAGAAAAGCUUUUGACAUUAAGAUGCUCAUGAUGGUCUAUAACGUCCUACAAAUAGUAUUGAAUGCUUAUAUCGUCUAUGGAUGUUACAGUCUGUUAACGGAAUCCUGGGUUAGUUGGAAAUGUUUUCCUAUGGAGUACUCCAACAGUUUGCAUUCUAGAAAAGCUUUAGAUCUUGGACAGAUAUUUUUCCUGCUUAAGGUAUUCGAUCUGUUCGAUACGGUCUUCUUCAUCUUAAGAAAGAGUUACAGGCAAGUCACUUUUCUCCAUCUCUACCACCAUACGUGUAUGUUGGUCGGAAUUUGGGGUGGUAUUCAGUUCGUUUGCGGAGGCGAAAGUCUAUGGAUAGGUUUAGUGAAUGCAACAGUCCACACUAUAAUGUUCACGUACUACUUCUUUGCUGCGUAUGAUCCCAGGUGGAAAGAUAAUCUCACUGCGAAAAAAAUACUCACGCAGCUGCAGUUGGUUCAAUUCCUGUUCUUCUUCUUGAAAUUCUCAUACUCAUUCAUACAGAUGGAUUGCGAUUACCCGAAAAUUAUAAGCUACUUGUUUGCGACUCAAAAUCUAUUCAUGUUCUGCUUAUUUUUAGAUUUCUACUACAAGGCAUACAUUCGUCAGAAGAAGAAUAAAGAAUGACCUGUCACGUAUUAUUUAUUUAUAGAAAAAAAAAUGAAGUUAGAUUUAGUUUCGCUUCGAAAAAAAUUCGUAGGAAUUUAUAUAAAACCCAAUAUCUUUUUGAUGAUGAUUUCAAGAAGACAUUUCCCCAUCAAACAGGAUAUUUGUGGCUAUUGCCAUUAAAGCAAAUUCAAAAAUGACCAUUUGUUACUUCUCUCAUUCUCAAGUUCUGUUUAUGGAUGAUACUUUAUCAGUUUGUAAUAACGAGGAGGACAAGAAUUUCCAACAGAAAUCAAUGUGCUGCACAGAUGAUUACAAUGCAACAAACUCCUAAGACAAGCAGACGAGAAAUUAAUCCUAUUCGAAAUAAUAUUCCAAUAAAAUCAGGAGGAUGUAUUUCAAAACAGCAAUCUGUACAGGCAGUCGCUUAUCUUUGCAUCUUUCGCUUCCAUCAACGAUGCUAAACAGAGAAUGACUCCAUCGGCGAUCCUGUAAUUGCAUUAUUACUGGCAUCUACUUAGUAUUCAUCAUCGUAGACUUUGUCUUUUGACAUCAGGGGCAAGGCAUUCUGCAAGUUUUAAAAAGGACGGGAGUACUGCUCACAUGUCUUCAGUGCAGAUGUUCGGAUUACACUCACCAUAACACAAGUCUCGACUUUGAAUUAUUUAACGUCAAAGUCAAAGCUUCAUUAGAUGAAAAAAUGCGUUACUUAUUAAUUUAAAUUUUCUGACAAAUAAAUCAUGGUCUCCUUAGAAAAAAAAAUGAUACAUAACAUUACGUGUGAUGAUAUUUCGAUGAUAUUCCAAUAUUUUAUGCACUUGUGAGAC